UUUUUUUUUUUAACCCAGUACCAAUACAAGACUUGAACAUCACUUUUUUUCUUUCUCAAUAUAAUAUAAAAAUAUAACAUGGAAUAUGAUAAAGAUCCUUCAGAAGAACAGCGCAAGUUGUGGAAUGAGUAAGUGUCACGAAUUUAUAAGGCUUAUUAUCGUUAACAACACUAUAGGAAACAAAAUAAACUUCGAGAGCAACUUGAGUUGCAAGACAAUCUUGAAUUCGAUCCCAACACUUUUGAAGAUUUACAUUACAUUGCUGGUGUCGAUCUAAGUUUCCCUCUCGACAAUUAUGAAAACGCAGUUGCUUGUCUUAUUGUUAUGAGUUUUCCUGAUCUAAAGGUUAUCUAUAAAGACUUCCUUCAUACAAAACUUUAUUUGCCUUAUAUUUCAGGUUAUUUGGCCUUUCGAGAAGUGGAUCCAUUAUUAAAGCUAUUAAAUCAAUUAAAAGAAACGAGACCAGAACUGUAUCCACAAGUAAUUUUAGUAGAUGGAAAUGGACUUUUACAUCCUCGGAAAUUCGGUAUCGCUAGUCAUUUAGGAGUAUUAUGUAAUACACCCACAAUAGGUGUAGCUAAAAAUUUCUUAAUGAUACCUGGUGAAUUAGAUGAUUUAAUAGAAACCAAGCGCAAAUAUAAACAAGUCUUAUUAAAAAGGGGGGAUGAGUACAGAUUAAUCGGUGGCCAUAUGACCUAUGGUGCAGCUGUCCGUACCUCUGAUCAUGCAUCUAAUCCCGUAUUUAUUAGUCAGGGGCACCGAAUUUCUUUAGAGACAGCCAUUAAAAUUGUAUUAGCUGUGUGUCCAAGAUAUCGUAUACCUGAGCCUAUCCGAGCAGCAGAUCAUGAAAGCAGGGCUUAUAUUAAAGAAAAUGCCUUCAUUCAAUAAAUAAUGAUUCCCCUUUUGAUACAUAUAAACGAC